CGUAACAGGCAAUUGAGAGAGAAAAAGGUAACAUAAGCGAUAGUGCUUAUUUUCUAAUUUUUGUACGCGACGGGAAUCACACAUUUUUACGUUAUAUUAAUUUGAGUAUGAUUUGCUUUAAAUGAUGGAGCUGAAAGCUUUUCUUAAAACUGGCGACAUUUAUAACCAUAAUAAUAUAAGAGCGUCAAUAACAAGCUACUUUACCUAAUAUAGCCACUGAAUCAAUCAAUUAAAUCAAUCCAUGUAAAACUAUUUACUUGCGUUGCGUCUUGACGUUCGUUCAAUCGAAGCGACGGCGACUUGCGGAGUAGAAAAGCGUCGUGCAGCGUCUCUCGCUCGUCAGGGCUCGAAUGACCGAUAGACACACACAUCAACUCGGCAGCACCGAGGCAGGAAACUACACAACACGCGGUAGGGGCAAAACACCACACUCAUUUGGAACAAAAAAAAACUCGCGGUAAACGUUGGCCUCGCGCCGCAUUACAUAUUAGCACAGUAUAGCAUCAUACACCAAUCCAUAGUCUCGUCCUGUGUCUGAUGCCUGUCCUCCGCGCGUCUCUUCUUAUCUCGGAAGGACGCGCCGGGUGGCAAUUAGCGGUUCGAACGAAAAUCGCGAGCAAUAAUAUCGCGGCGGCGGCGCUCGUGCGCAGUAGACGCGAUGUGACCGAAAGAUAAAAGCUGCGCCGUUCGGCGAGGCGCACACCUGGCCCCGAUCAGUCCGCGCAGCAGCGAUACACAAUGGGUCAAGGUAUUUAGGUCAGGACGCCCUCAUGCGGGCUCCGCGCGUCUCGCGCUUAUGCUUUAUUGUCUUGACAUGUGCCCCCGAUGACUCGACACUUAUCUCUCGCGCCGGCUAUAAUAUCCUCCCGAUUACGAUGAUGCUAAUACCUUGCUUCUGUUAAAUUUUUAUUUCUUUCAUCAUCAUUCUUUUCACGCGUCGAUAUCGCGUCGUCCUUCGUUAUCUCGGCAGUGCAAUGCUCCGCGCGAGAGACGUAGAAUUUACGAGCGCAGGGAUUAAGUGUCUGCUGAUUCGGAUCGACCUCAGCGCACUUGGAUUCAAGACUCAAUGCGAAGCGCGGAUCUUUGACUCUUCUUCCCGUAAGCGAGAUGUAAACAAAAACUUGACAUUGCAGGAGUAAGUUAUACUCGGAACGCGUGUGAUAAAGAUGACGCCAUAUCGCCCAUUACGACUGUAGCUGGUGCGUUAUCUCACCUCCAAAACAGCUCUAGCCCUGAAGAUGACUGAUAAGCGCGGCGACCUCGACUGCUCAUAAGAGCACGGGUAUGACUUUUCUCUCUCGCGCACGCGCGCGCGCGCGAGCUGCUUCCCCCUAUCAAUAUCAUCGUCGUGGACAAUAGCGGAAGCACAGUUGAGCAUCGGCUUUUCGCAUCGUAUCCGUUUCCAAUCGAUUCCGAGAUGUAUACACAAAUCUUCUAUUUACUUCCCGUCAGUGCGAUUCUCGCGCUGCGCGCGCAUAGUAGAGCAGCAGCGCGGCUAUAACAGAUAAUGGAUAAAGCCAACGGCGAAUAAAACCGGCAUUAGGUCGGCCGAGUCGUAAUUCUCUUUUCUUUAUGCGCGCGCAGCGGCAAUUAUCUUGGUUCGCGCCCGAGAAAAAUCUAUAUCUGUUUUAAUUUUCCAUCUGCCCGCAUAUUAGCGCCCAUUUCGAAGAAGCUGCGUAUAAAAAAGAGCUGCACGAAUAGCUCACUUGCACUGAGAGACAAGGGCGUCCCAUUACAUUGACCCCAAUAUAGUGUAUGCAGUUAUCGUGAAAACUUUCAAAUCGUGUGUGUACCUAUUUCUCAUCGCUCGUCAUCCGAUUUUUCCGAUGCGAGCGCGUGUAACGUCGUCGUCGUCGCUUUCGUCGCUUUCGCGUUAUAACGUUUCCCGCCUGUAUGAUCGAAGCCGCGCUUAUCGGCAACUAUGAAAAUAAAUAAUGACAAAAAAGGAGAUCACCUACUUUUCUCAAUAAUGCAAUGCUCGCUAACGUUACAUAAAAAAAAUAAUAAUAUCGCUCAGUGCGGUGCAGCUGAGCUAAAAUGUAAAUAUUUACACAAUGCAAAGUUGGCCCGAUAAACUUGUCUGCCGCUGCUACUGCUGCUAUGUUGUGCCGUAAAUGAAGGCGGCUGCGUUAUCACGGGAAUAUGCAAUUUUUGGCACAAAUACAGUACCGAAAUUGCCAAACGGUCCCAGCAAUGCAUAUCAUCCGCUGUAAUACAACGUCAAGUUCGAGCACGCGAUGACGGAGAAAAAAGAGACCCUGUCGAAAGCUCGCGACAUUGAAGCCGGUGAGUCGCGCGACAUUGAACGAAGGAAGAUCGUCGACACUUGUCGCGGCGUUGUUGCGCCACAUAUCGCGGCGCGUACGACGACGUCUCAUCCCUCUCUGCACAGCGGCGCGAUUCGAAAAAGGUCGCGCGGCGCACAUCUGCCAAUGCAAACUCACCGGCCAAGGUAACCCGCGCGGCGCUCUGCGGCACUCCUCCCACCCACGAUACAGCUCGCUCUCCGUACACCUCGUUAUUAGUUAUAAUAUACUAUAAAACGGCAAAAGACUCGGCAAUCGUCACUUUUCCUCUCGACAAAGGACCGAGAGCGCAGUUCGCAGUGUGUGCCGGAGCUUGACUCUUCACUAGACUCCCCUGUAUCACGUAGACGCGAUGGAACGAAGAGAUUUUUCCCUGUGCCUCGCAGCUCUGAUCUGCUGCUUCUGCAGCUGUCAGGCUCGCUCGUUUGCGCCGCGAUUAAUCCUGGGAGGAGAUCGAGAAAUGGUGCACCAAAGUAACUUCAGCACCAACGCUGGAAGUUCGCCCAAUUACUUCGGCGACUCGUCGUCCUUCGGAAAAUCGCUGAACAUGUGCGACAACUGCGUCUGCGGCGUCAGCCGGCAAACCAGAAUAGUCAACGGUGACGUAACGAGCACGUACGAGUUCCCCUGGGCCGUCGCAAUCACGUAUCAGGGCAUGCAUCACUGCGGAGCCAGCUUGAUAACUCGCCGACAUCUCCUGACCGCCGGCCACUGCAUCUCCGGCUUCCAGAAAAAGUACUUCGGGCUCCGGUUCGCCGACAACCAAGUCUACCGCAUCAAGUCGAUGAAAGUUCACGAGCAGUACGACAGGCACAGCUUCAACAACGACAUCGCCAUAAUCGAACUCGACCGAGAAGUGCCUCUCGACUCGGCCGUGAAAACCGUCUGCCUGCCGGAUGCGGCCAGCUUCAACUACGUCGGAAGGACAGCCGUGGCCAUCGGCUGGGGCAGGAUCGGCGAGGGCGAGCCGGUGAGCGAGGAGCUGCGCAAAGUCGACCUUCCCAUCAUGAGCCGGGACGAGUGCGAGCUGUCCGAGUACCCGAAAAACCGCGUCACCGAGAACAUGUUCUGCGCCGGGUACCUCGACGGUGAGCGCGACUCCUGCAACGGAGACAGCGGCGGCCCUCUGCAGGUCCGCGGCGCCAAGGGUGCGAUGCGGGUUGUCGGCCUGGUCUCCUUCGGUCGCGGCUGCGCGAGGCCCAACUUCCCGGGCGUCUACACCAAAGUCACCAACUACCUGGACUGGAUCGGCGAGCACGUCAGAGGCGAGUGCGUCUGCUCGCCACCGAGUAACGUGCCGCAAGGCCUCCGGAACUCUCUUCUCCGCCGCGUCUCGUCGCAGUUUUCUGAGCAAAACAUGCGGACACGAGUGGUGCAGUUGUUGUGUCUGCUGCUGCUGCUGCUGCUCGGGAAUUACAGCGAGAAAAGUGCUGCUGCUACUCCUGCGGAAUUCCGGAGGACGAGUAAUCGCACGGGGCGGAUAUUCUUCGACGAUCUGUUCGGCAUCGACGUCGACAUCCCGGGCCUGAGCGGCAUCACCAGCGGUAUCGGCGGCGGCGACGGCAGCGGAGGCGACAGCGGCAACGCCAUCGGCACCGACGAAAAGAUACGGAACUGCACGUGCGACUGCGGCGCGCCGAACCAAGAGAACCGAAUCGUCGGCGGCCGACCGUCCGAGCCGAACAAGUAUCCUUGGCUGGCUCGUCUCGUUUACGACGGCAAGUUCCACUGCGGGGCAAGUCUCCUCACCAAUGAUUACGUUAUAACUGCAGCCCAUUGUGUCAGGAAGCUGAAGCGCUCCAAGAUACGCAUAAUCCUCGGCGAUCACGACCAGUUCGUGACGACCGAUGGGAAGGCGGUGAUGAGGUACGUCGGGGCUGUGAUCCCUCAUCGAAACUUCGACACCGAGUCCUACAAUCACGACGUCGCCCUGCUCAAGUUGCGCCGGCCCGUGAGCUUUUCCAAAACCAUCAGGCCCGUCUGUUUGCCCCAGCCAGGUAGCGAUCCAGCCGGAAAGCACGGGACCGUGGUCGGCUGGGGAAGGACGAAAGAGGGCGGAAUGUUGGCCGGGGUCGUGCAGGAGGUGACUGUGCCCGUGCUCAGCCUGAACCAGUGCAGGAGGAUGAAGUACCGGGCGAACCGCAUCACCGAGAACAUGGUCUGCGCGGGCAACGGGAGUCAGGAUUCCUGUCAAGGCGACAGCGGCGGCCCCUUGCUCAUCGACGAGGGAGGAAGACUCGAGAUUGCGGGUAUCGUUUCCUGGGGCGUCGGAUGCGGACGAGCCGGUUAUCCAGGAGUCUACACGAGAGUCACCCGCUAUCUCAAUUGGAUUCGCUUGAAUAUGAAGAACACCUGUCUCUGUAAUACCAAGUGAUAUGACUUUAAAGAAAUUCAUACCGUUUUUCACUCUCCUUCUGUAAAUAUCAAUGUGUUCAAUUUUCGUUAUCUUUUCUUAUACUUAUUUUUUAUCAGUAUUCUUAGGGAUUAGUCGUCGUUCGUCGUGCAUUUGUUUUCGCGCACUUGAUCAAUACUUAUAUACACGCAUCAGUUAGCUGUAAGACGUUGUUAGACUGUAAUGCACCUGUAUGUAUAAGAUAUGAAUAAAUCAAAGUGCCUUUUCAGAAAUGUG